AUGCGACUUCUUGUUGCCUUGUUACUCAGUUCUCCCCUUCUCAGAGCCCAAUAUCCAGGUCUUGUUCUGCCAGCUCAACGACGAAUCGAAUCACUGAUUCCAUCGCCAUCACCUCGAAUCGGCAUUGUAUCUCUUUCGACGACAAGGGAGAUUUUAUCACCGCUUGCCACAUGGCUAUUCUCAAGGCCUCUGCCAGUCUUCCGUAUGGAAAAGAUAUUUGAGAUGGGUCAGAGACAUUACAAUGGAAUGAGUGACGCUGCAGCCAAUGACGCUGUCGCCACGAUGGCACAAGCUUGUCGAAAUGUGUUGUUUGCGGCUAUUGACGAAGAGGAGCUGUCGAAACUUCGCAUGAGAAUCGAUGGGGGCUCAGCUAGGGUUCAGUUGAAUGAGCAUCUCAUGAAUCUCCUUGCUCGACGACCAAUCACCAUUGAAAAAUCGAUUGCCUUGGGCUUCAAGCCUGUCUGCGGAGAGUUAUGGUUU